GGUUAAAUUUUAUGUAAUAUCCAAAUUCGAAAAUUUCGUUAAAUGUGAAAAUCUUCCAACAUAAGAAAUUAUACUAUAAUUAUUGUAUCCCUGCCAGUUUUAAAACGUGGUGUUGGCGUGCUUUACUGCCCUGGUCUACCAGGUCUUUAAUUUUUGCAAUAUCGCCAAAGUGGUUUCGUGCUUGUACUUCGGCGGCAUAUAGAAGACGUGCUGUGCUCCUUUGAUUAUCGCUGUGCGAAACCUAUUGAUUUAAAAUUAAAGGCAUUAACCAUGGAUAUUAUUUUAGAUGAAAUCAUUGCUGGAUUAUUAUGUACAGAUACUGAACGGAUACGUCAGGCCACCAGUGAGCUGGGUAAGGCUUAUGAAAAUCCGGAAACCUUGAAUGCACUGUGUCAGAUCAUUGUCUCACAGCGUGAGCCGCAAGUGAGACAAUUUGCAGCUGUGCUGCUGAAUAAGCGGCUCCAAAAACUGCGUAACUGGCAAAUGGUGCCAGCUGACCAGAAGGAAAGCAUUAAGACUGGCAUGCUUCAAGCAUUGAUUGCCGAAAAGGAAAAAUCUGUAAAGAAUGCCAUAGCCCAAUUUAUUGGCUCCUUGGUACGUCACGAAGAGGAGAAAAAGGACUCGUGGUUAGCCGAACUGCUUAAUUUCAUCUAUAGCCGUUGCAAUGUGGAUGAUCCCAAGGAGAGUGAGCUGGGCUCUUCAAUAUUUGCCACGCUCACCGAUGCAGCACCUGAUCAAUUUGUCUCUCAUAUGGACUCAAUUUGUCAAAUGUUUGCCGCUGUUCUUAUGUCCGCUGAGGCGAAAGGUAAUCUAUCCACGCCCACUGUGGCUAAUAUAACCAUGGGCAUGAGUUAUCUGAUGCCAUUUGUAAGCGGUCAUACAAGCGCUGAGCAGACAGUUCUCAAAAUACUGCCACUCAUCAUCAAAACCGUCUUUGCCUUUGCCCAGAAGGGCGAUGAGCAGGAGUUCUGCAUUGUAUUCGAUGUCAUUGAUAGUAUUGCCGAGUAUGUGCCAAAGCUGCUCAAUAACAAUGUGAAACACUUAAUGGAAUUCUGCCUCGAGACGGCAAACAAUAAGCAAAUCGAUGACUCGAUACGCGUACAGGUGGUUACAUUCAUUGGACGCGUGGUGCGCAUAAAGAAGAAGGCAAUUGUCAAACAGAAGUUACUUGAACCCAUCAUUGCCGUCAUCUUUGAGAUGAUGUGCUGUGAAACUGAACUGGAUGAUGUGUUAUAUUUGACAGAUGAGUUGUUUACUGGUGAGAGCAGCAACAGUCCGGUGACAGCAGCCACACAAACGCUCGAUUUGUUGGCCAUCAAUUUGUCGCCGGAAAAAUUGAUUCCUCCACUGUUGCAAUUGCUUGAGCCGGCAUUGCAAAGUCCUGAUCCUCUGCGACGCCGUGCCGCCUAUCUUUGCAUCGCUGUUAUCGCUGAAGGCUGCUCGGAGGCCAUUUGCAAUAAGUAUUUGGAAGUUAUGCUGAACAUCGUUAAGAGUGGCAUUGCUGACAACUCGCCCAUUGUGCGCAUUGCUAGCUUCUUUGCUUUGGGUCAAUUCUCGGAGCAUCUGCAGCCGGAGAUAUCGAGAUUUGCACCUCAGAUUUUACCUGUAUUAUUUGAUUUUCUGCAGCAGCUGGUGAUUGAGAUAAAGGCUGAGCAAACCAGCAGUGGCAACGAGUCGAAUGCCGUGCCCGGCAAAGAUACCAUUAUGUAUAUAAAUCAACUGCAAAUCAAACGCAAAUCAGUUCUCUCCAAAUACAGGAGCGGCAAUCCGGAACCGAAGCACACGGAUCGUAUGUUUUAUGCGUUGGAAAACUACUGCCAGAAUCUAGAGGAGGACAUUGUGCCACAUUUGCCGCUAUUGAUGAGUCGUUUAUUCGAUACUCUGGAUACCAACAAUUCGAUUCAUCUUCGUGUGCUGGGACUGUCUGCUGUUUCAGCAACAGCUUUGGCUGCCAGGGAGCACUUGAUGCCAUAUUUUCCAAAAAUCGUGGAAAUACUGAAAAAUUAUUUGGUGAAGGAAUGUUCCGAAGAGAUGAAAGAGUUACGCAACGAGGCAAUUGAUACUUUGGCCUCGAUUACACGCGUCGUAGGAAAGGAUAAUUUUAUUCCACUAGCCAAUGAUACAAUGGCCUAUUGCUUGAUGAUGUUGGAUGAUGGGCCAAAUGAUCCAGAUUUUAGACGUGCCAUUUACAAUUUGAUUGGUGCUCUGUCCAUCGUUGUUAACGAGAGUAUGUCGACCGUAUUCCCAAAAAUUAUUGAUCGUCUCAUUGAAUCGGUUAUAUCGACGGAAGAUAUGCUUCCCAUAAAUGAUGAGAAUGGUGGUAAUCGUUUGUUCAAUGGUGAAGUGGCCGCUUCUAAUAUUGACAUUGAUUUGGAUAAUACAGACGAUGAAGAUGACGAUGAUGAGGAAGCAUAUCAGGUAGAAAACGAUUAUGUGUUUGAAAAGGAGGAAGCUAUAUUAGCGCUUAAAGAAUUUGCUAUGAACACAGGCAGCGCCUUUGCACCCUAUUUGCAGACAUCUUUUGAAAAUGUCUACAAGGUGAUUGAGCACCAACAGGAGAACAUCCGCAAGUCCGCCAUUGAAGCCAUCGCCGCCUUUGUCUCGUCACUCUACAAAAUGGGUGAUGCCGAGGGUGUCAAGCGUGCUUGCCUAAUAAUUAUGCCAAAAUUUGCACAUAUGAUCCGUGAGGAUGAGGAUCAGGGCGUCGUCAUUCAUUUACUCGACAUGCUAAGCGAUAUAUUCGUUGAGGUGAAGAGCGCUGCGGUACCCACUCAGGAAAUCGGUGACAUGAUAUUUGCUUGCAUCAAGGAUGUUCUAAAUAAUAAAAUGGCUUGUCAGUUCAAUGAGCCAUCCGGUGGUGGGGAUGAGGAGGAAGCUGAAGACAGCGAAUUUGAUGAACUGCUUAUUGAGAACGCGGGUAAUCUUUUACCGUCUUUUGGAAAAGCUUUAACUCCUGAAAUAUUCUCUAUGUACUUUGGUCGCGUCUAUCAGUACUACUUAAACAAACUGAACAAGGCCAAGAGAAAUGAUUUGAGUGAACAGCGCACAUUCGUUUAUGGUGCAUUGGCUGACUCCUUUCAAUCGCUGGGUGUCUGUGUGGCCACUUAUUUCGAUGAGUUGUGCCCCGUUUUUGUAGAUGGCGUAAAUGAUCCGGAGCCAAAAGCUCGUCAGAAUUGUUACUUCGGCCUAGGCGAGCUUGUUUUGCACGCCGAAGAGAAGUCCUUUGAAUCCUUCCAUGUGAUUUUACAAGCUCUUUCUGGAGCGAUUGCUUCGGAGACAAAUGCUCCGGCACUCGAUAAUAUUUGCGGCGCCGUUUCUCGUAUGAUCGUGACCAAUCACAAUAUUGUUCCAUUGGCGCAAGUUUUGCCCGUUUUACUCUCGCAUUUGCCACUACGCGAGGAUAUGGAUGAGAAUGAUAUGGUGCACAAGGCAUUCCGUGUUCUAUACAUGCACGCACGACCCGCUAUCGUCGAAUACAUUGAGCAAAUCCUUAAAAUCACCAUAGAUGUAUUAUACAAGGACCAAAUACCCGAAGGAGAAAUCAAAAUGAGCUCGCGUGCUUUAAUUUUGGAAAUACGCGAGCAGUAUCCGGACCAAUUCAAUAACGUGGCCAAUUCCAGUCAAGAGGCCUACAACUUCCUUCAAUCUCUUUAGACGCGCACAAAAGCGAAUUUAUCCACCAGCAUAUGCCGUCAAGCACUUACACGGGCACUGAAGUUUUAUUUACAUUUUUUAGCUAAUUAGGCUACCACGAGGAGCACGAGAUGGAAUUUGAUGAAUGCACUCAACGAAAUAAAUUAUAUAUGUUAAAUUGGUUUCCUAGCGAAAUAUGCAGCUUUUUUCAAAUUGUUAAAGCGCAAACGCGUAAAUGUAUAAAUAGUGAAUAGUUUGAAAUAAAUACACAAAAGAUAA